UAGUGAAUCAUUUAGAAUAACAUUAUUAUAAAUAUAGUUAUAAAAAUGAAAUAGCAGACGAUAUAACGUUAAAUCUGUUACUCAUAUCGUAUGACUUUCAUGUACCGCCGGGUCACUUUGACACGGCGUAGCCUAUAUUCUGAACACUAUUAUCAGCAUUGUGAAAAAAUAUCAACACUUGUUUACUGACUGCACACGUAUUUAAAAUAUAAAGAUAUAUAACUUUGGAAUUUUCAUUCUGCAUUUACGUCUUUUAUAAAGGAUAUAAACAGUUAAAAGCUGGAAACUCUUAUAUGAAAUAUCGACGAAAAACGCGUUUUCUGUAAUACGAGCUCGGGUCAUUCAAAUCUAGUGUCAAAGCGUUUGAAACUAUUAUAAUAUAUUAAAUGUUAUUUUUGGGAAAUUGUAUUGAUACAGGAGAGUGAUAAUGUUUCACAAAAAGAUGCAGAAGCUCGUAAUUUUCGUGUCUCACAGAAAACAUAUGAAAACUAUUCGACGAGCGUGAAAAUGCCUCCUCCGAAGAAACCCAAAGUUGGUCGUACAUCUCUUGAACAGUUUUUAUCGGAGGAUGAGCGACAAAAUGUUCGUUUUCACAUGGACUCGGAAGGGCACAGUCCCACGGAAUCUGUUGAGGAAGGAUCUGACGGUGAAGUGUUUGUGCCGGCAAACGGGCAGUUGAAUUCCGGAGAACAAUUUAAAUCGACAUCAAAAGAUGAAAGUCCGGAAACUUUGUUUCAGAAAUUGUUUCGAAAGACGAGCUUAGAUGAGCAAAAAGUUCCAGGAAGCCCGGAACAGGACGCGCCUUCUCCUCCAGAAGGGGGUGUCAGGGUCGGGGCAUUUACAGCUUACCAGGAACAUUUAAGGCUUCAGUUGGAAAAACGACGUGAAAUAGGGGUGAAAAAUGAAUGCGUUUCACCAAGGCAAGAAAAAACUGAAACAUAUGAUCGGGUGGAAAACGAGGGUGCAUUCGAGCCAAGCUCGGCCCCGCGUCCGAAACUUUCACAUGAUCAGGGACGUUUGAUCGAUACUUUAGUUGCAUCGGCACUGGCAAGCAGUGCGGCACAAUCCAUCAUAUAUGGUUGUAGGUCGUCUCAAAAGGCUAUUGCAUCAAUGGCUAAUUUAUCACAAGGACAAAAUAACUCGUUUAGCACGUGUACUGCACGAGUCUAUGAAGCAGAGCCUCAUGAUUUGUCAAAGAAAUCAGAAAUGACUGGGAAACUUCUUAAUCAUAGACUUUUUGAACAGUUUUCCAACACACGUGAUACUGAAAGACUUAAAAAUGCUUAUCGUGAGUGGGCGUUGCGCCAAAAUAAGGAAUUGACAUUUGAAAGAAGUCAGCAUUAUCUGGAUACCCACCGUCGGAUAGUUGGACUUCUGUCCGAGAACGGGGUCGAAGCCCAGCGGGAAACGACAGCUCAUUGUGAAAAGGAAAAUAUAGUCCAGGCUGUUCCCGCUCGGUACCCAAAUGGCUUUUUUAAUCACACGACACUUAAUGGAGCAGCCGGCGGAUAUCCAAGAUUUGAACAUCAACAGAGGGAUUCAAUAGACAGAACAGUGACGAAAGUCGAGGACCCAUCAUGCAUGAUUUCAGUUGGUAACUACAUGCCUGUUCAGUCAAUGAUGCCGCCGGCUGUGCCCAUGAAUCAGAGUCCAACAUCGACGACAAUGGACCAUGUUGAUCCAAGGGAUAGAUACCAUCCGGCAUUGAUGAGUCCACAUUUUCUUGCCGACUCACGACGAAUGAAGGCAGAAACAUCACAUGGUGGAAAUGUGAAUAAACUGUGCCAGGUUUGCAGCGAUAAUGCCUCAGGAUUUCAUUACGGAGUUUGGUCAUGUGAAGGCUGCAAAGCGUUCUUCAAACGUAGCAUCCAAGGUCCAGUAGAUUAUGUGUGUCCUGCAACAAAUACAUGUACAAUAGAUAAGCAUAGAAGAAAAAGCUGUCAGGCUUGUCGACUUAGAAAGUGCUAUGAAGUUGGGAUGAACAAAGGAAGUCAAAGGAAAGAACGAAAGUCUAAUGGCUCAACACAGAAUAAAUCUCCUAAGCGACCUAGAUCAGAAUCUGGCGACAGUAUGAAUCAUGGUGUAGACAGUAUUCCGACACCUGCUAAGAAUUCAAGAAAGUCCAGAACAACUCUUAUCAUCGAAGCAUUGAGUAAAGCAGAUUUACCAAACCUUGAGAGCUAUCAUAACCACAGUUUGCCACCAACACGCACACAUCUACUCACAUCAUUUGUUAAACUUGCAGAAAAAGAACUUGUCUUUUUAAUCAACUGGGCUAAAAAUGUUCCAGGCUACACCGAAUUGAGUCUUGGGGAUCAAGUACAUCUGAUAGAGUGUUGUUGGAUGGAACUGCUCCUGCUUAAUUGUGCAUUCAGGUCUAUGGAGCAUGGUGGUCGCCGACUUGUCAUUGCACCAGAUCUUAUAUUAGAAAGGUCGUAUUGGUCAGUGUUAGGUAUGGCUGAUGUGCUGGAGCAUGUUGCAGCAAUCUCAGAUCAACUAGUGCAAUAUAACCUCCAUAAUGAAGAGCUGUUGUUGCUACAGGCAACGGUUCUUGCCAAUGCAGAGGUAAGAAAGCUGGCAAGCUUCAGUAAACUGCAAGAAAUACGACAAAAUAUAUUGGACAGUUCAGUUGACAUUGCACAAAAAUACCAUCCUGACAAUUUACGUCAUGUGCCGUCCCUUAUUUUAUUACUGACUCAUGUUAGACGGGCAGCAGAAAGGGCAACAUUGUACUUUCAAAGUGUUAAGAAAGAAGGGUUAGUGCCAUUCUGUGAUCUGUUGACAGAAAUGUUAGAUGCUCAAUCGGAAGAGAAAAAGCCGAGUAUUUCAAAUGAUUCAUAGCCUGAUUGUGUCUCGUGGAAGGACAGAAUCAUAGACAUUGUAAACAUCUCUGUAUAUAAUCAUAGGGCAGUGUUGGCAAUAUUGCCAGAAAAGUGUUUCCUUUGUGUCAUUUUAAUGGAUUGUCUUUCUGUAAUUAGUAAGCAUUUUCAGUAUGUACAUACUUGCUUUUUAUGUAAUAUAGAUUUCCCUUAUUACACAUGCCCGCUUUUUAUGUAAUAUAGGUUUCCCUUAUUACACAUGCCCGCUUUUUAUGUAAUAUAGGUUUCCCUUAUUACACAUGCCCGCUUUUUAUGUAAUGUAGAUUUCCCUUAUUACACAUGCCCGCUUUUUAUGUAAUAUAGGUUUCCCUUAUUACACAUGCCCGCUUUUUAUGUAAUGUAGAUUUCCCUUAUUACACAUGCCCACUUUUUAUGUAAUAUAGGUUUCCCUUAUUACACAUGCCCUGUACAAUAGAAAGGCACAGCUUUUUAUAUCCUGAUGGUUUGGGAAGUUUGCUUUUUUAUCACUUUAAUAGCACGUCGGAUUUUUGAAAAAAAAUCUACAAGGUAUUUCAUCACUUGAUGGUAGGUGUUUGGAUUUUUUUUAAGCCCAUUUUUUUUUUCUCUUACUGUAAAAGCUAUAUCUUUGAAACUUUGCACACUUGUUUAUCACAUUAAGAUGUGUAAGUGGACUGAGAACUAUAACUGUGAAUUUCCACUUUGUCAGACUUAUGACCCAUUAUGUAAAUUAUAGAAAACUGGAAUUUCUUGGUGAAAACUUUUAAGUUCACGUUACUCAAAUACUUUAAGAGUUAUAGCUUUGAAACUUUGUACACUCAAUGUCACUAAAUGAAUAUGUUGACCAAGAACCAUUACUCUCAAAUGAAUAUUGAUUUAGAAUUAUGGCUUGUUUUAACUGAAAGCUAUCUCUUUGUUAAAGUUGUUUAGGUCCACUUUACUUAAAUAUUUGAAGAGUUACAGCUUUGAAACUUUCAGUACUUGUUUGUCAUCUUUACAUAGGCCUAGAGUCAACUCUAGACAUGCAUUUCGUCAGAAUUAUGGACCUUUGUUUAUAUAGAAAAUUGGAAUUUCUUUGUUGAAAUAUUAAUUGAGGUCCUUUUUUCUUGAAUAAGCUUUGGAACUUGGAACACUUGUUUAGAAAGUAGGUCAAGAACGAUAAAUGUCUCUUGUAUUUUGUCAGAAUUAUGGCCCUUUUAACUUGGAAAACUGGUAUUCUUGGAUGUUGUAGAUUUUUGUUUAGCGCCGCUUUCCUUGAAUACUUUAUAUUUUUGUGGUCAUUAACUGGUGAGUUAAAAGGUCAGAAACCAUAAAUCUUUUCUUGCAUAUUGCCUAAUGUCAGGCACUGACAGAACUGACAGACCACAGAUAGCUCUUGUUUAACAUCCCAUGUUCUCUGUUAGAAAUUUGCAUUUAAAUAUGAAAUAUUGUUUGAUCUUAUUUAUAUUUAAUCUUUAAAAGAAAUGUUUUGUAUACUUCAUCCAUUUUGUUUAUAAAAUUAACAAUUUUCUAGAGGUUGGAGCUAGGUCUUCAAUUUUAUUAGUACUGUAUGCUAUAUAGAGCUAGUGUUCAGUGAUAUUUUUUAACAUAUUUUAAUUAUGUAUUUUAAAUUUCUUAAAAGUGCUCUAUCAUCUACCUCAAUUUUUCAAAACUCUUGUUAUUGUUAUAAUGUCAAUUAUUUUCUGGUUGCAUGUAUGUAAUGAUACUUGUGUGGGCUUGUGGGUAAUUUUUGUCUGGUUACAUAUAAAGUGAAUUUUUAGUCAGAUUACAUAAAUAUAAUUCUUAUUGGGUUACAUAUUUAAUUGGUCAAGUUAUAAAUGUAUGUAAUUAUACUGGAUAACAUAUGUGUAUUUCUUGAUGACUGUGUUUAAUUAUAACACAAAAGGUAAGAAACAUUUAAUUAAUAUCUGUAAUUCCAUAUUAUGAUCACUUAUUUGUAAUUAAAUGUCAUAUAAUGUGUGUUUUGAUUGUCAAAUGAAAUACAUAUGUUUUAUCAUUUCUAAAUUUCACAAAUGUAACAUUUUGAAAGUUUUUUUUGGUGUUUUUUAUCCCGCUGAAGGGAGGCAUAUAGUUUUUGAACCGUCGGUCUGUUCGCAAUUUUCGUGUCCGGUCCAUAUCUUUGUCAUUGAUGGAUGGAUUUUCAAAUAACUUGGCAUGAAUGUGUACCACAGUAAGACGACGUGUCGCGCGCAAGACCCAGGUCCGUAACUCAAAGGUCAAGGUCACACUUAGACAUUUAAGGUCAUUUUUCAUGAUAGUGCAUUGAUGGGCGUGUCCGUACCAUAUCUUUGUCAUUCAUGCAUGGAUUUUAAAAUGAUUAUGCAUGAAUGUGUGACACAGUAAGACGAAGUGUCGCGCGCAAGACACAGCUCCGAAGGUCAAAGGUCCUAAACUCUAACAUCGGCCAUAACUAUUCAUUCAAAGUGCCAUCGGGGGCAUGUGUCCUCCUAUGGAGACAGCUCUUGUUAGCUCACCUGUCACAAAGUGACAAGGUGAGCUUUUGUGAUCGCGCGGUGUCCGUCGUCCGUGCGUGCGUCCGUAAACUUUUGCUCGGGAUAUUUAUGAAAGGUGGUCAGAAUGUUCAUCUUGAUGAUAUAAAGGUCAAGUUCGAAACUGGGUCACGUGCCUUCAAAAACUAGGUCAGUAGGUCUAAAAAUAGAAAAACCUUGUGACCUCUCUAGAGGCCAUAUAUUUCACAAGAUCUUCAUGAAAAUUGGUCGGAAUGUUUACCUUGAUGAUAUCUAGGUCAAGUUUGAAACUGGGUUACGUGCCAUCAAAAACUAGGUCAGUAGGUCUAAAAAUAGAAAAACCUUGUGACCUCUCUAGAGGCCAUAUAUUUCACAAGAUCUUCAUGAAAAUUGGUCAGAACGUUCAUCUUGAUGAUAUCUAGGUCAAGUUUGAAACUGGGUCACGUGCCAUCAAAAACUAGGUCAGUAGGUCUAAAAAUAGAAAAACCUUGUGACCUCUCUAAAGGCCAUAUUUUUCAUGGGAUCUGUAUGAAAGUUGGUCAGAAUGUUCAUCUUGAUGAUAUCUAGGUCAAGUUCGAAAGUGGGUCACAUGCCAUCUAAAACUAGGUCAGUAGGUCAAAUAAUAGAAAAACCUUGUCACCUCUCUAAAGGCCAUAUUUUACAUGGGAUCUGUAUGAAAAUUGGUCUGAAUGUUCUUGAUGAUAUCUAGGUCAAGUUCGAAACAGGGUCAUGUGCGGUCAAAAACUAGGUCAGUAGGUCUAAAAAUAGAAAAACCUUGUGACCUCUCUAGAGGCCAUACUUGUAAAUGGAUCUCCAUAAAAAUUGGUCAGAAUGUUUACCUUGAUGAUAUCUAGGUCAAGUUUGAAACUGGGUCACGUGCCUUAAAAAACCAGGUCAGUAGGUCAAAUAAUAAAAAAAACCUUGUGACCUCUCUAGAGGCCAUACUUUUCAUGGGAUCUGUAUGAAAGUUGGUCUUAAUGUUCCCAUUGAUGAUAUCUAGGUCAGUUUCGAAACUGGGUCACGUGCGAUCAAAAACUAGGCCAGUAGGUAUAAAAAUAGAAAAACCUUGUGACCUCUCUAGAGGCCAUAUUUUUCAUGAGAUCUUCAUGAAAAUUAGUGAGAAUGUUCACCUUGAUGACAUCUAGAUAAUGUUCAAAACAGGGUCACGUACCUUCAAAAACUAGGUCAAUAGGUCAAAUAAUAGAAAAACCUUGUGACCUCUCUAGAGACCAUAUUUUUCAAUGGAUCUUCAUGAAAAUUGGUCAGAAUUUUUAUCUUGAUAAUAUCUAGGUCAAGUUCAAAACUGGGACACAUGAGCUCAAAAACUAGGUCACUAUGUCAAAUAAUAGAAAAAACGACAUCAUACUCAAAACUGGGUCAUGUGGAAAGAGGUGAGCGAUUCAGGACCAUCAUGGUCCUCCUGUUAUUUUUGCGGGAGGGGGGUUAUGUUUUUGUUUUUUGGUUGUUUUUUAAGCAAAUUUGACCUAGCUCUUGCGUCAGUUCUUACUUUUGCUGCAGUUUUCAGUUUAAAGAUAAUGUAUCACCUGUUUCUUUCUGCUGACGACAAUUAUUCAUUGUGUCUAGAUGGUGUUAUGCAUUGAUAUUUUAAGCCAAGGCAGAAAGGAACUGGUCAUAAGAAAUGGUUUAAAAAAAUGCUUAUUCAUUUGUUACUGUGUGUUAUUUGAUACAUUUAUCUUGAAACUUGGUUAUAUUUCUUAAAAUAUUUCUUGCCUACUUUUGCAGCAGAACUUGCUGUACCUGUAGCUUGUUUUAUCUUGUUUUCUGUUUUAGAAUUUGUAGCUUUACAGUUAAACACACAUAUAUGUACACAAAAUUGCUGGAUUUCAGUAAGAACUCUUCUCUGUGGACAUUUUACUGGUAAUGGCAUUUUUCAAUCUUUAUGUUAUUGUUUUGAAAUACUAAAGAAACUGUAGUGUAAGGUAUAGCAAAAAUAAUUUGUUUUUCAUACUAGAUAUUUCAGUGUUUUUGCUUACAUCAUUUAUAAAGCAUUGUUUUACUUCUUUCAAAUUCUGCAAGUGGGCGAUACUGAUAUUUUUCAAUGAAAAGGGCAUAUGCUGUAAUAAAUAUAGCUUAGUAUAGUGUGUUGCAAAUUUAAGCCACCUUAGUCAAAUUGAGCAGGGGGUUGGGUGUUGGGGAAAGGGUGAUUUUGUCUCUAUUUCCACAACAGUCUUUAGGUGCUGCUGUAAGUGAAGAAUUGAUGUUUUUGUUGGGUUAGCCUCCCACUAAAACUUGUUAUAUCAGCUGUACUAUUCUGUACAUAUUUUGUUUGUUUGUCAUCAGACAUAAAAUGAUGUUUGAUGUAAAUGUAAAUAUAUAUAUAUAUAUGUAAGUGCUAAGAGUAAUUUGUGUUUAUUGGUGUACAUGCAAAAUGUGCUGAACUGUUUACUUGUUGAUGGAUCAUUUUGUUAAAGAAAAUUUUCAUUUAUUUUAAUUUGCAACAUUACAUUUUACAGAAUGGUAUUUCAUUACAUUUGAAGUUUUUAUGAAAGUGAUAUAGAUUAUUAAUCCCCCGCCGUGGCGGAGGGAUUAUAGGAAUGGUCUGCAUCCGUCUGUCCGUCUUUCCGUCCGUCCUUCCGUCCGUAACAAAAUCGUGUCCGGUCCAUAUCUCCUAAACCCCUUGAAGGAUUUUCAUGAAACUUGGGUCAAAUGAUCACCUCAUCAAGACGAUGUGCAGAACCCAUGAGACAGCCUUGUCGGUUCAAGGUCAAGGUCACAACUCAAUGUCAAAGGUUUGAGCCUGCCAUUUUGUGUCCGCUCUAUAUCUCCUAAACCCCUUGAAGGAAUUUUAUAAAACUUGGGUCAAAUGAUCACCUCAUCAAGACGAUGUGCAGAACCCAUGAGUCAGCCAUGCCGGCUCAAAGUCAAGGUCACAACUCAAGGUCAAAGGUUUGAGCCUUCCAUUUUGUGUCCGCUCUAUAUCUCUUAAACCCCUUGAAGGAAUUUUAUAAAACUUGGGUCAAAUGAUCACCUCAUCAAGACGAUGUGCAGAACCCAUGAGUCAAUCAUGGUGGCUCAAGGUCAAGGUCACAACUUAGGGUCAAAGGUUGAACCUUCCAUUUUGUGUCCGCUCUAUAUCUCCUAAACCCCUUGAAGAAUUUUCAUCAAACUUGGGUCAAACGAUCACCUCAUCAAGGCGAUGUGCAGAAAUUAUAAGUCAGCCAUGUUGGCUCAAGGUCAAGGUCACAACUGAAGGUCAAAGGUUUGAGCCUUCCAUUUCGUGUCCGCUCUAUAUCUCCUAAACCCCUUGAAGGAAUUUUAUAAAACUUGGGUCAAAUGAUUACCUCAUCAAGAACUCAUGAGUCAGCCAUGUCAACUGAAGGUCAAGGUCACAACUGAAGGUCAAAGGUUUCAGCUCUGUAUCUCCUAAACCCUUUGAAGGAUUUCCAUGAAACUUUGGUCAAAUGAUCACCUCAUCAAGACGUUGUGCAGAAUUCAUGAGUCAGCCAUGUCAGUUCAAGGUCAAGGUCACAGCUAAAAUCAAAGGUUUUACCCUUUCACUAUCCAAAGCAGUGGCGGGGGAUUUAGCUGUCUUUAAGACUGCCUUGUUUGAAACUGUUUUGAUUCGUUCUUUUUUUUUCAGAAGUUUAGACAGGAGGUUUCACUUAUUGUUCAAUACCUCGUCUUGCUUAAAAGUUAACUGUCUAAUAUUAAUUUUCUUUUUGACUUCAUACUUUGAUCUUCUAUCUUGGGCGCAAAUUUUAAAGUAAAAAAGAAGCAACAUACUCUUGGCAAUUGAUUAGGAUGGUUAGAAGUAAUUUUGCAGUCCUUAAAUAAAUAAAAUAAAACGAGUGACAAACAACAACAGAGAGAAAAUUGACUAAACUUUCUUGAACGAGACUGUUCCCAUUAUACCUAUAUGUUUGUAAGUUGCUGUAAAAUUCUAUCCCAACACUAAAAUGUGGUUGUACUUGAUGAUUUCAAAGUAAGUAAAUCAUGGACAGAGUUCGAGGACCAGUCUAAAUAUUUCAGCACAAGACUGGUUGCUUCUGAGCACAAGUCUUGAAAUGGCCAAUGGCAAGUCUGCAUUUCGUAACUGGUCUCCAGACUUAGUCCUAUUAUUUAACAGUCGUCCUUGCACAUUAUUCACUAAGAAAUCUCAUUUUCACACGAAGGUUUUCCACCUUGUAUAAAAACAUCACAUUAAAUGAUAUUUAAAAUGUUUGUUAUUUUUAAAAGUAUGUCUGCCUGACUUAAAAUGGUUAAUAAAUAUGGUAAUAUUGAA